AUGUUUCCACAACAGCCUAAAACAAGUAACACAACCAACAUUAUCAACAUAAUCGACACCAUCGACGCUAUCAACACAAUCAAAACAAUCAGUACAACCAACACAAUCAACACGACCAACACAAUGAGUACAACCAACACAAUCAGUACAACCGACACAAUCAGUACAACCAAAACGACCAACAUAAUCAGUACAACCAACACGACCAACACAAUCAACACGACCAACACAAUCAGUACAACCGACACAAUCAGUACAACCAACACGACCAACAUAAUCAGUACAACCAACACGACCAACACAACCAGACAAAUAAACAAAACCAGUACAACCAACACAAUCAGUACAACUAACACGACCAACACGACCAACACAACCAAACCAAUGAGUAAAAUCAGUACAACUAACAUAAUCAACACAAUCAGUACAACCAACACAACCAACAUAAUCAACACAAUUAGUACAACUAAAAUUACCAACGCGACCAACACAAUCAACACAAGCAUUACAACCAACACAAUCAACACAAUCAUUACAACCAACACAAUCAACACGACCAACACAAUCAACAUAAUCAGUACAACCAACACGACCAACGAGAACAAUACAAUCAACACAAUCAGAACAACCAAAAUUACCAACGCGACCAACACAAUCAACACAAUCAGCACAACCAACACAAUCAACACGACCAACGCGAUCAAUACCAUUAAAACAAUCAGUACAACCAACACAACCAACAUAAUCAACACAAUUAGUACCACUAAAAUUACCAACGCGACCAACACAAUCAACACAAGCAUUACAACCAACACAACCAACACGACCAACACAAUCAACACAAUCAUUACAACCAACACAAUCAACACGACCAACACAAUCAACAUAAUCAGUACAACCAACACGACCAACGAGAACAAUACAAUCAACACAAUCAGAACAACCAAAAUUACCAACCCUACCAACACCAUCAACACAAUCAAAUACACGACCAACAUAAUCAGUACAACCAACACGACCAACACAAUCAGUUCAACCAACACGACCAAAAUAACCAACACAAUUAACACAACCAACAACCAGCACUACCAGCACAAUCAACACGAAUAA